AUGACGAUCUCUUCGGCUCUCACUUCCCCCACACGCGAACGAAAGCCCAUUGGAGGACCUCUGGCGUGGCACCAGGACAGCUUUUCUGAUCCAUCAGUCUACACUAUUGAUCUAGCGAAAGACAGGCUCCAUAUUGACAAUGCUCUUGAGUACCUACUCGACUUAGGUCUCGACCCUGAGGAAAUUGACCACACUCGAUUCCCCUUGCCUUCGAGCGUUGUCGACAAGCUUCAGCAAUGUGCGCAUACCAUCCAUGAGGGUGUUGGCUUCUGUGUGCUUCGCGGCGCCACUUCAUGCUACUCUGUCGAGGAUAGUGUGACUGUCUUAUUAGGCAUUACAUCCUACAUAGGUGACCAAAGAGGCCUCCAGAACAAGCAGGGACACAUGUUGUCGCACAUUACCGAAUCCAAGGGAUGGAAGGUUCCUCGCAAAGAGAGGCAUGGAAUACACUCAAACGCCUCAUUGCCAUUUCACACAGACAUGGGAACAGACAUUAUCGCUCUUCAUGUUCGCGGCUGCUCUGCUGAAGGAGGCAAUACAUAUGUCUCUUCAGCGUCAUCGGUCUUCAACGAUCUUCUUUCCUGCCCCGGCGCUCUUCAGACCUUGCUGGAACCCAAUUGGCCGAUCCAAAUUUCUAAAAGACAGGCCCGAACUACCUGCGUGGUCAGAUCAUUAUUGGAACCAGAAUGGCCUGCAGCUCCCUGCCGAUACAUCCAGGCGCCUCUCUUAACGUUCCAUCAGGGACGACUACUGGUCAGCGUUGACCCAGCUCGGCUAGGACCCCAGUCCUCGCCCCGUGGCUCAGAUAAGGUGCCGGUCCCAGAUCUGAGCUUUGAUCAGAGGGCAGCACUCGACGCCUUGAAAGCAGCCUGUCACAGAAAUCGAGUCCGCAUUGAAGCUCAGCCUGGAGAUAUCAUCCUCAUCAAUAACUGGGCGCUCUUGCACAGUCGGGACGCAUAUUUAGACACUGAAUUACACACACGUCACCUUGUCAGACUGUGGCUGCGGAAUUCCAAAUUGGGCUGGUCCAUCCCUACGAGUAUGUCUGUUCCUUGGCAGACUGCCUACGGCGAUGACCCAGUUGACCGAAUCUUCCCCGUGGUACCCACGGACGUAUACCCUACACUAAAGUAUACGGCCGGUUCAGCUGCAUUUGUCCUUGAGGAUAGUGAUGGGGAAUGAUGGUGCUCCUUUCUUUAGCUACUCUACUUUUGCUCUCUCUCUCUAUUUUGUCUCACUUUCAAUCACUCUUUCCUCAAAGCAACGACGAGGUUCCCCCCCUGUAUUCAACAGGUACGAACUGAUUAACUUAGUAGGAUGCACAUAUGGCGGAGGACGCUUGAGAAAUACAGUCGCGCUGAAAAAUGGGUUUGUGGAAAUGUACUUUCUUGCGAUUGGCGCAUUGUUGCACAUGUAAAUGCUGUCAGACUCUUGGGCUCCGUCCUAGCAGAUGAAUGAUGUCGCUUCAUGCCAUUUUGGGCACCUGUGUGCAUCUAUAUCCAGACCAUGACAGGCGGGACGGCCCUCGUUUCAGGCAGGUUUAGGGUAUGUCAUACCCGAAAUCUGACAGUUACAAUGAAGCGAGAUACUGCCGUCAAGUGCUUAUAGCAGGCUCGGAGACGGCACCCGUAAUUGUGCCAAGGUUGUCAUGUUCCACGAAGCCCUGCCUGGAAGGUCUCCCAACAAUGACCAUCAAAUAACAUCAGAGAGAAAUGAACCCGCCUCGAGCCAUAGAAAUCUGUUUUCGGACCUAUCCUCAUCAUUGACUGCCGACAAGGAGCCCAGAGUACUCACCGAUUGGUGGGCUUUCCACAGAAUGGGUGUGGACUGUGAGCGACGUGAUGAUGUGCAUCCCCUGCCUGCUGAAGAAACCCACCCCCUCCACUUCUCCCCUCCAUACAUUC